AUGGCCCGUGUCAAGUAUGUCAAAGAGCGUAUCGGAGAGGAGAUCACGGACUGGAGCCAGCUCCUCCACCGGCGCCAGCGUCGCGAAGAGCGUCGCAGGCUUAAGAAGCUGGAGCGUCAAAAGGAGCUGGAGCGCCGCCGUGAGACUGGCGAGAUCACACAAGAUGACAGUGUUCCGGCCGACAUUCCGGCCCAUAUGCCCACCAACGCUACCAACAGCGCAACCCCCAACGCUUCCGCCAGACCUGCUACGAGAGCUACCACAAGAGCUAUCACCACGCCCAUUACCAGGAGGGUCACUAGGGCUGCCGCCAGGGCUGCAACCAACGCUGCCACCCCCGACACCACCACGGACCCUGAGAUCAUCACCGCUCCAGCAUCUGCUCCGGCCACUGCCCCGGCGACUGCUACCGCCGCCGCUUUGCCUACUGUUAUCGCCAUGGCCUUUGAAGACGAGGAACAUGGAGACAUGGAAAUGUUAGACCCGGCACUGUUUGAGCCUGUCGACGACGAAAACAUCCCGCAGCUAGUCUCGGUCCCCACGGUUGUUAAGGAAACCCAGAAGAACGUCGAGCCUGCUACUCGACGGGGCAGUGCGCGCUUCUUCCCACUCGCCAGUGUUCAAGCCGCCAGUAUUCCGGCCAAUCUUCCCACCAUUGCCGCCAACGCUCUAGCAUAUGCUCCAGCAACCGCUCCGGAAUAUGCUCCAGCAGCCGCUCCGGCAUACGCUCCGGCUACCGCUCCGGCAUACGCUCCGGCUACCGCUCCGACAUAUGCUCCGGCAACCGCUCCGGCAACCGCUCCGGCAUAUGCUCCAGCACCCGCUCCGGAAUCUGCUCCGAUCGCCGUUCCGGCUACUGGUAGAGCCACUGCGUGUCAGGCCGAGGAGGACGUAGCCCCCAAGCUGUCAGAGCCUGUCACCAGCGAAGACGUUCCAGAGCAAGUCGCGGUGCCCAGUGGCGACAAAGAUCGGCGCAGCGCGCGUAUCGCGGUUGCCGCUCAAUUGGUCCCAGUCGCCGAGAUCAUCAACCGCUUGUUCGCCGAGAGCUUGGAGCGGCUGCUGUCACCGACCCCGGAAGAGGUAUCGGCCGAGGCUCGCAGAUUCUUGGCUAAUGCCCACGAGAAUGAGACGGCACAAGCGGUGAAGAAGGCAGCAUUCACGCUGAGCUUUGAUAUCCUAGACAGGAUCAAUGAGCUCCAGGGGAAGAAUUGCGCCGACCGCUUUGAGCUGGCGUCGGAGGUGUUGAAGCUCAGACUACAACAAGUCUUUCUUAAGGAGCUUGUUAAGUAA